AGCCGAACAAACGUGAAGUGAUUUACAUAGGCGAAAAGGGUUACAAAAGCGUGGUGGGUAACGCGCCGCAAGAUUUCUGUUUUAAGUAAUUUAGCUCUUAUUUUCGUCAGUAAAUGCUAGGUUAGGGUGAGCCUGAAAGUAGUUUGUGUCCCAUAGUCUUCCGUUUAGCCACACUCUCUGUUAAAGGUAAUUUCCAUCUUGUUUCAGUAGAUGACGAUGACGCUCAAAGGAAUCGAGACUUUGGCCAAAGAACUCCAAAACCGAGACAUGAAGGUCGUGAUAUGUGAAACGUUUUUCUACCUGCUGAUUAUUUCGAUGGCAAUCGCUGGAAACUCCUGUGUUCUUUUGGCGGUGUAUAGAAACUCAAGACUGCGGACAGUUCCAAACUACUACAUUGUGUCGCUGGCGAUCUCUGAUAUUCUUUUGCCCUUGUUGUGUGCUCCGUAUUCUGUAACUGUGGUCAUCGUUGGUCACUGGCCAUUUAACGACAGUGUUUGCCAAAGUCAGGGAUUUUUUGUCAUAAUUUUGGCUUGCGCCUCUUUGCUGAUCUUAACACUGACCGCGAUCAAUCGAUUUUUCCGAAUGGUGGUAACGAAACAUUACCGACAAAUUUUUACGAAAUGGAAAACCAUAAUUAUGAUAGUACUCGGAGUCGGCUUAGCUUGCUUGGAACCAUUACCUUAUUUACUCACGGGUCGACAUUAUGUCUUUCAUCCUGGAAAGUUGUUUUGCUUUCAAACAGCUGAAAUUUCCCUUCCAAAUUUUAUUGUGUAUUUCUACGUUGGUCUGCCUACUUCUGCUUUAAGUAUUUGCUAUGCACUCGUCUUCAGGAAAAUGCGCAUUCACCAAAGAACAGUUCAUAAUCUACGUUCCUCUUCCUUGGCUGCGGAUAACAUUUCUCAAGCUGAUGUCAGAGUUACAAAGAUUCUAUUCAUCACGGUGAUAGGAUUUUUGGCCUGUUGGACGCCGAUUGCCGUCAUAGAUUUUGUGGACACGUUCCGAGGUGAAGUUUCUCUUCCGAGACAAGUCUAUGUUUUCUAUCUAAUUCUGGGAAAUCUUUCAGGCGCUAUUAAUCCUUUUAUCUACGGUUUCUUGAACAGGAAUUUCAGACAAGAAUAUAGAAAGAUUUUUUCGUUAAGGAAAAGAAGCUCAAGACUGCAUCAUUUGCAAAUGGACUUACCAUCAUUUUCGACUCGACACCCUCAAAUUUAGAACUCAAUACCAAUAUUAUUAGUAAGAUUCUUCUUUGGUAAUUCCGGUCAAUGGACAACAUAUAUGGUUUUAUUUUGGAUUUUUUUCGUUUUCCGUAGAAAUGGUGGCUAGGAAAUCAAUGUUAAAGUAUAUGGAAGCACUAAGCUGUACAAAUUUACAUAUAUUUUGAUUUUACGAGAUGUCAUUAAGUCCAUCCAGGACAUCUACAUAAACUGAACGAAACAAAUUAUUUCAUCACUUUUGUAGCGCAUUUUUCGUUUUUUAAAAUUCUCUGGUACUUUAGAAAUUUUCGGCGUAUUUUCCAUUAUUUUUUUUCUUCCAAAUGUUUGUUGUUUCCUUUAUUUUGUCGGUUUGCUUUGUCAAUAACCACAAAAUAAACACGACACGGAAAUAAUUAAUUUCUCCUUUAGCCGUCGAAGGACACAAGUCAAGAUGUUUGACAGUCGGUAAUAACUGAUAAGAGAUCAGAAAAGCAAAAGAUCCGACAGUUUCCUUUAUGUCAGGGGACAGCAAGUAAUGGAAAUCUCGAACCUGCGACCGAUGUAAAUACUGAGUCAGGAGUAAAAUAAACGAAAUUUCCCACUGCUUUAUUUCAUCGCAGGGUUUCUCUAUUUUCACUCAUUUAUCCGCUGCGGAUACAGUCCUUUUUUUUCUGACACCUUUCAGUGCCACUGUCACUUCAAAAGACGAUUGCUUAACUCAAAGUAUCUUGUAGUGACCCAGAGCCUCGACUCACUGGAUUACGUAGUCGUAUAAUGACUCGUAGACAUCUCAAUACCAUGAUGCAAGUUGAAGGAAGAUAUUAACUAAAAUGGAUAAGAUUUAAUGCAUUUAACUACCGUUUAAACUGUAGACGCAUAAUGAAAGGGGUCAGGUCUUUUCCGCAAAUGUUAUACUCUGUCUAUAAGGAAUAUAUUGCGUUUGAAAAAAACCCGUCAAAAAAGUGGUGCGUGGAGUUGCAACAAAACUUUUGUAAAUAAGACUAAGUUUACUGCUCUUGUUGUUGUUUCAUAGUGUCCUUUAUUUUUUCUCUCCUGACUUGCUUGAAUCGAUUUGUUCGUCUAGAAAUCUUCGAGGCUGAUUUAUUGAAUGUCUUUGCCGUUUCAUGUAUUCUAU